CAGUCAGGGAGGCUGCGCCGAGAGCCGGUUCCGCUGGAGCGCUCGCCCCUGACUGGCCUCCUCCCCGAGCCGCGGAGCCCGAACACCCCCCCAGCCCGCCAGCAUGUCGUUCAUCCCGGUGGCCGAGAGCUCCGACUUCCCCAUUCACAACCUGCCCUACGGCGUCUUCUCCACCACAGGCAACCCGAGACCGAGGAUUGGUGUGGCCAUUGGCGACCAGAUCUUGGACCUCAGUGUCAUUAAGCACCUUUUCACUGGGCCUGUCCUCUCCAAACACCAGGAUGUCUUUGAUCAGCCAACUCUCAACAGCUUCAUGGGCCUGGGUCAGGCCGCCUGGAAGGAGGCGAGAGCUUUCCUGCAGAAUCUGCUGUCGGCCAGUCAAGCUCGGCUCCGAGAUGACACAGAGCUUCGGAAGCGUGCCUUCGUCUCCCAGGCUUCUGCCACGAUGCACCUUCCAGCUGCCAUAGGUGACUACACAGACUUCUACUCUUCUCGGCAGCACGCCACAAACGUCGGGAUCAUGUUCAGGGGCAAGGAGAACGCGCUGAUGCCCAAUUGGCUGCACUUGCCGGUGGGCUAUCACGGCCGCGCCUCUUCCGUCGUGGUGUCGGGCACCCCGAUCCGAAGGCCCCUGGGGCAGAUGAGGCCCGAUGACUCUAAGCCUCCCGUGUACGGUCCCUGCAAACUCCUGGACUUUGAGCUGGAAAUGGCGUUCUUCAUUGGCCCUGGGAACAAGUUUGGGGAGCCGAUCCCCGUUUCCAAGGCCCACGAGCACAUUUUUGGGAUGGUCCUCAUGAACGACUGGAGCGCACGAGACAUCCAGAAGUGGGAGUACAUCCCCCUCGGGCCGUUCCUGGGGAAGAGUUUCGGAACCACCAUCUCUCCGUGGGUGGUGCCCAUGGAUGCCCUCAUGCCCUUCGUGGUGCCCAACCUGGAGCAGGACCCCAAGCCCCUGCCGUACCUGCGCCACGACCAGCCCUACACGUUCGACAUCCACCUCUCUGUCACCCUGAAAGGAGAAGGAAUGAGCCAGGCAGCUACCAUAUGCAAGUCCAACUUUAAGCACAUGCACUGGACAAUGCUGCAGCAGCUCGCUCACCACUCCGUCAACGGCUGCAACCUGCGGCCCGGGGACCUCCUGGCGUCCGGAACCAUCAGCGGGCCGGACCCAGAAAGCUUCGGCUCCAUGUUGGAGCUGUCGUGGAGGGGGACGAAGGCCAUUGAGCUGGGGAACGGACAGACCCGGAAGUUCCUGCUGGACGGGGAUGAAGUCGUCAUCACAGGACACUGCCAGGGGGACGGUUACCGCGUCGGCUUCGGCCAGUGUGCCGGAAAAGUGCUGCCCUCCCUCUCGCCAGCGUGAGCUUCUGUCUGGUGCCCGAAGCAAAGGGCUGGACCCCCACCCCACCCCAGGGGGCUGGGGCCCCUCCGUGGGCUGGCCCUUCCUCCAAUAAUAAAUAAAGCCGCUGUGCCCUGUGCCCACACUCAG